AUGCCUUACAUUGAACCGAUUCUAUCUUGCGAAGAGCAACAUGUUUUUAUGGUCGUUGUUGUUAGUUCGGAUGCAAACAAGGCUAAACAUCGCUUUACAAGGGCUGUUAUUCGUAACACUUGGGGAAAAAGAGACGAUGACUCAUUGAAAUGGAGGCUAUAUUUCUCGUUAGGAACAAGUCCCAAUCUUGAAAAUAAUCAAUACAAUAAACAUGAAGCCAUGACGUUCAACGACAUUAUCAUUGGAAACUUUACGGAAAAAUACAGAAAUCUUAUCAAUAAAACAUUCAUGGAUCUUUUUUGGGUCUUUUCGAGAUUUUCUUCUCAGUUUGUGUUGAAAACUGAUGACGAUGURUAUGUUCGUCUACCUUGGCUAUAUAACUGGUUAAAUACAAGCUCGAUCAAGUUACCCUUUUAUGGUGGAUUUUUGGAAAAAGGUGCCACAGUGAAUCGUGAYAAGRCGAGUAGAUUUUUCCUUACCAAAGAAGAGUUCGCAGAGAACGUUUAUCCACCGUACGCUCAGGGAUCUGUGAAAGUUUUAUCUACUGAUGUUCUCCCAGAAUUUUUAAACUACACUCAAUUUCAUAAGCCCUUUUUUAUUGAAGAUGCCUUUUUGGGAGUURUAGCAAGCGACCUAGGAGUGRUCGCUACCGACAUUCCUGGCUUUUGUUUUAGACUAUCUGGUGCAAUUGGAUGCGAUUUAAAAACUUCUACAGCGAUUGCCCAUAAAGUCAAGCCUGCGCAGAUGAUAUCUCUUCAUCGCGUCACUAAUUUGCACUGUCUCCAAUUGUCGCACGCAGACAAACAAACUACGUAUAUGAGAAGUACAGUAAAGUACAGCAUAUCAGUUGGAUGUACGUUCUCAUCUCUAGACAGCUAGAUUUUCACUGAUAAAAGCAAUCUUCCUAACUAUCCAGAUUC